UGGUCUGGAUUACGUUUGUGUUAUCCACUUCUGUUGUAAGUACUUUGCUCGCUCGUUCCUCUGGGCAGGUUUCGUUUCCCAGCAAGAAUGGCUUCUGCUUCGUCUCUCUAUGUUUAUAACUCUGGGAUUUCUGUGAAGAAGAUUAACGGUGAGAAUGAGGCAAAAUUGCCGUCUACUUCCCUGUUUUUGGGUUCAUCUCUCAAUUUAUCCUCAAACCCAAGUACCACUCUGCGGUUCUUGAACAAGAAUCGGGCGCUGCCCAUUUCAUCCACUCCACGCCCGCUUACCGUGAUCUCCAUGGCUCCCCCUAAGCCUGGUGGAAAACCUAGAAAAGUGGUUGGGGUGGUGAAGUUGGCGCUGGAGGCAGGGAAGGCGACCCCCGCUCCGCCCGUUGGGCCGGCAUUGGGUGCGAAGGGUGUGAAUAUAGCGGCAUUUUGUAAGGACUACAAUGCUCGGACUGCUGAUAAGGCCGGUUAUAUCAUUCCCGUCGAGAUUACGGUUUACGACGAUAGGAGCUUCACUUUUAUCUUGAAGACUCCGCCUGCUUCGGUUUUGUUGCUUAAAGCUGCUGGCGUGGAGAAAGGUUCAAAAGACCCUCAGCAAGAGAAAGUCGGGAAGAUCACAAUCGACCAGCUGCGCACGAUUGCACAGGAAAAGUUGCCCGAUCUGAAUUGUUCAACUCUGGAGUCGGCCAUGAGAAUUAUAGCAGGCACAGCGGCAAAUAUGGGAAUCGACAUUGACCCUCCUGUACUUGAACGAAAAAAGAAGGAACUUGUGUAGGUCUCUAAUCUUCAUUCCCUUUUCCUUUUUUGUAUUUAAUUUAGUGUUGCUGCUGCAGUUUUUCCUCAAACUAAAUGUAUUUUUGUAUCUUGAAGUAGUCCAUUUAUUGGGUAUACCAAAAUUUUCCCUUGGGGUCUUACUCCAA